AUGGAGAACUCAGGCGCCCAGAACGCUGGCUCCCCGGUCUGCCCAAUCCGACCAUGGCCCAUUCCCGAUGCCGACCGAAGCCCCAAGACGAUAUCAGACUACAUCUCUCUCGUGAAUCAGACAUAUCCAGGUGGUUUUCGCGCCCUAAAUAUUGAAAAUAUUCGGGAUGGCACAAUUGACGAGAGCGGAGACGUGAAAAUGGGUGAUGCCGACGACGCGGGCGGGGAGGAGGAUGAGGGCGACGAGUCAGCUGGUGGGAAGGAUCCUCUAGAAGCUCGAAACGAGACAUUGCAGAAUAUAAUUGUAGCACACCAUAGCGCUCUCUUCGCCCUCGACCUCAUCUCCCUUCUCCUCACAAAAGAGAAUCCGGUCCAAGCCGGCGUUACACUACGGCACGACCUUCGCGAGCUCGUCGGGAUCGGAACGUUAGGUUCGCAAAAGCACGCGGAAUCCAACAUUACUCCCGACAAAAUGAAAGACUUUGCGAACAUUACCGCCGGGUGGAAUAUUCUCUCCAUCGAAGAGACCAAGGACUCUGCUCAAAAGGCCUCUACUUUAUUAGAAAAGGAAGUGGAAAAGGAGGCGAGAUACUGGCAGGACGUUCUAUCUGUAAGCGAAGGAGGGUGGUCCGUUUGCAGACUACCGCAGGAGAGGCAAACUUUGGGUGUCCGGUUCGGCUUCAACGAAGCAUCGGCGGAAUUCCGAAAGUACAGCCUUGCGCCGAUGCGUCGGGCGACAAAUGGCAAGGUCGAGCUGGAUCUCGGCAACCUGGGGGGGCAAGCACAGCGACUCGUCAUUACUAUCGAGAAGGAUGGCAAAGUUACAGGAAUAUCGUCACAGACUGCCCCCGUACCGGCAAAUGACAGUGCGCCUCUUUCGGCCCACGUUCUUGAGGCGCGCAACACGAUCUAUGCACGGGAGUUGUGGCACGAACUACAGAUGGAAGCGCGGAACCUACAGUCCUACGACGUUAGGCAAUACGAAUCGAGUAUCGUUUACACGAGGCCUAACGGCAUGAAAAUUCGAAUCGAACUCUUAUCAGUUGAUGAUUGUCCGCGGGGGGAAGACGGUUUAUCCGAUAACUGGCUCGCCGAGUCUAUACACAUUUCUCUGCAUAUCUUCUUAGGAAAUGCUCAUCGCCAGAACGAGACGUUCCGAUCGAGGCCCCUACCACCCAACCAACCCCGCAGCCGACUGCAUAACCAGUACCAUUUGCUACGGCCCAUCAUUGCCCGCCUCGUGCACAUGGAGGCUAUCGAGGACACCACCAAGUAUAUCGGGGGCCUAGUGAAGAGCCUCCGCAACGCGAAGAUGCCAGACGCCAAAUUCGAUCUCAUCACGGCGCAAAAUGUCCUGGCCGACUUAUCCAACGUGUCCAGCGACCGCGCCCGCUCCAACCCGGCCCAAGCAGUGCUUAGCACCAUAACUGCCCCCCUCACUUUCGCCAUCGACCUCAUUGUAACACCUGGCAAUCGCAUCUCCAUCAUGGGUCGCACGUGGCUCCUCCCCGCCACGGCCACCAUAUACCAGAUUAACCUCCCCGCGACUAAUCCCGAAUUCCCCAAUACCCUCAUCGAAUCUUGUCCACCCCACCGCGAUUACCCCAACCUCUCCGAAGUGCGCUGCUACAUCGACCAGGCCGUAUCCUGCGCGCUCGCCAACUACUUCCAGCCCCGUCUCGAGGGAGGCGAAAAGGAAGGCCUUAGCCGGAAAUACGGGUCCCUCGACUCAAAGGAAGCCAAGGAAGGAUUCGAUGUCGAAGGGAAUGCGUAUUGGAUCAAGACCAUGUCCGGAGCGUCGCUAUCUACGGCUGCUAGUCCGCCGAGAGAGAUCGCCUUUACUGUAGCGGGUCCCACCUCGAAUCCUCAUCUCGAGGUCACGACCAUUGUAGGCAAGGAGGAUACGAAGGUCCUCAAACAUGUCUGGACGGCUGACGGAUCUCAGGCCGAAGCUAAGGAACUCGGCCUUACUGAUGUGUGCUUGCGGCUCGUCAACCAAGUUUACGCGUAG